AUGGCAACUCUAAUCAUCGGCGCUGGAUGUUUCGGGGCAUCGACGGCAAAAUUCCUAAAAGAGGCGGACCCUAACGCCGACGUGAUCUUACUCGACCAAGCGCCGUUCCCGGACCCGGCUGCGGCUGCGCACGAUUUUAACAAGAUCAUAAGGGCAGAAUAUGAUGACCCGAUGUACAUGAAGCUAGCGCUCGAGGCCAAGGAUGCGUGGUCCGAGACAGAUCCCGUUGUCACACCCUUCUUCCAUCAGACAGGAGCACUUUGGUCUAUCACAGCUGCUAGGACACAGACGCUCGUGGAUAACUACGAGACUCUACUAGGCCCCGGAAAGGCACCUCUUGAAAUCCUUAGCUUGGAUGAGACGCGUACCCGCUUCCCACUUCUUGGGAGCUGCCGCUUCGAGGGCGGGGCUGAGCAGUGUAUACUAAGUCCAGAAGCCGGGUGGGCUGACGCAGCUGGGGCACUACAAGCUGUUAUUAAAGCUGCUGUUGAUAGCGGUGUCCGAUACGAAGUCGGCACGGCAGAGAAGCUAGAGUUCGAUUCGGACGGUACAUGCACUGGUGUCUCGACGACAGAUGGCAGGUCGUUCUCCGCCCGACGUAUCGUCGUGUCCUCAGGCGCUUACACGCCGUGGCUUCUCGCAGAGAGUGCCCCUGAAAAUCCAGACCUCCACGCCGGAAACCGGAUGAAAGCAGCAGCCGUAUUGAUGUGCUUAUUCAAGGUCCCGCGCGGCGACGCCGGGCUAGACAUGUUUAAAGACGCACCAGUUAUCGUUCACCCCUACGGAGACUUUCCUGCCGAGUGUAUACCACCUGGAAGUCUCGGUGGCCCCGAUUUGGCGAAGUGUACGCACGAAUUCCCGUACACUCGCAAUGCCUACAGCGAGGCGGCGAAGCAGGAGAUCUCGGUUCCACCGCUCUCAAAAAGCGACCGUAUGACGUGGACACGAGACCUCCCGGACGCUUUGAAGGCAAAUUCGGCAAAAGUUCGAGAUAUGUUCUUCGGGAACUCGGUGCAGGGUAUGACUCCUGAGUCGUAUCGACUUUGCUGGUAG